ACAUAAUUAUAUUUAUGAAUCGCUCAAAUAUUUUAUCUCAUCGUUAAAUAUCAAAUUUCAAUUUAACAUUCAGAAAUUGUAUGCGAGAUUCGUGAAGGAAAAUUGUAAAUCUAUUUCGAAUAUUGAGAUGACCUAGGUUGACAAGCGUAGUUCAGUUAUAGGGUGGAAUGGGAGCUGUUGAGAAAGUAUAAAAGAGCUCGAGCAACGCGGCAGGUCGGCUUCUCAGAAGCGGGCGUUGAUUUCGGAUUAUUCGUAUUGUUGUUCCGUAGACUAAUAAUACGAAUUAUCCAAUAAUGGCCCUCAGUCAAACUAGCGUGUUGAAGUUGUACAACACAGUCAUUGAGGAUGUUAUAGCUGGUGUACGGGAAUCAUUUUUGGAUGAAGGUGUAGAUGAGCAAGUAUUGCAGGAAUUGAAGCAAAUAUGGGAAACCAAGUUAACGUCUAGUAGAGCCUUUGAACCAAUUCUAGAUCCCCCAGAGCCUCAACCUCCCCAGCUCAAUGCUCAUAAGACAUCUGCAGCUACUAAAGGUAAAGCAGGAAAUGCUGGAAAUCACUUUGUACAGCAGCAGUCUACUACAACCAUAGUUCAACAACAGCACCAGCAACAACAACAGCAACAACAACAACAACAACAACAACAACAGCAACAACAACAGCAACAACAACAACAACAACAGCAACAUGUUCAGCAGGCGGCUCAUCCAAUACAACAGCAAUCCAGUGGAGUUGUGCAACAAGUGGUUACUGCUCCUGCUGCAGUGUUAGACAGACAGGUGCCAAUUCAAAUCACCCUUCCUGCACAAGCUGGGCAGCCUGAUGCACAACCUCGUGUCCUCACCAUACAAGUUCCAGCAUCAGCAAUUCAGGGUAAUCAAUUACAUACUAUUUUGACUGGUCCUGUGAUAACUGCGGCAAUGGGACUGCCUGCAAAUUUAGCGUCAACGUUGUUGCAGCAGCAUGUGAAUGCUACCCUCCAAGGACAAGCCACGCUUGCACCUAUCCAGCUGACACAAUCAACAGUCGUUACACAGAAUGCAAACAGUAUAACGACACAGAGAACAGUACAAAGUCAGGGCAAUAUAACACAAUUAGAUGGACCAGUUGGCGAUACAUCCGAUGAAGAUGAUGAUGAAGACGAGGAGGAUAAUGAUGACGAUGACGAGGAUCUGGAUGAUAAAGAGGAAGAAGAAAAUGAUGAUGCUGCUGCACGAGAAGAGGAACCGUUAAAUUCUGAGGAUGAUGUCACCGACGAGGAUCCGACAGACUUGUUUGAUACCGACAAUGUAGUAGUUUGUCAGUAUGAUAAGAUUACAAGGAGUAGAAAUAAGUGGAAGUUCUAUUUGAAAGAUGGCAUAAUGAACUUAAGCGGAAGAGACUUUGUGUUUCAAAAAGCGAACGGUGAUGCAGAAUGGUGAAAGGGCCCUCUACUAUUUUCUUCAUCGAACAAGUGAGAAAUCAUUCAUUACUUGUUUCUUCUAUCUAUUGCGCAGUAUCAUUGUCGACGUCGUCAUAAAGUAACUGCUUAAGUGAAAUCUACUAUUAUCACGGAAUUUUGGUGGUAUCAGUGCAUAAUAAAUAAUUACCCAUUUGGAAUCAAGUACCAAUAGUUAUUCGAGGUAAUAUCUGUGGUGCAUGCUGCAUCAUUGAGUACGAGUACGAUCAUCGUGUAUUACAUGAUUACUGUGUGUACGAAAUCACAAUGUGUAGAUGUUCCCAAAAAUGUUUGCUUAUCAUAUGAUGUAAAUGAAAUUUCCAAAACAUUGCAAUAUGCUAGCUUUGGCGAGAUGUGAGGUAGAUGAAUUUUCAGUUAACUUACUCAGGGAUAUUUUGAUGUAGUUUGUUGAAAUAUAUUCAAAUCUUACAAUCCAUAAGGAGUCGCGUAGUAAGAUGAAAAAGAUAUUUAUUGACCAGUUUGUCAGGCUUUUGACAGUCAUCUUUAUUUUUUCCUGAAUUUAUAUCUAUAUUUCUUGCCCAAGCACGUUUGAAAAUUAAAAUAUUGAAAUUCAAUGACACUACGAAUAGAAUAGACUUGUUUUUACUUUUGUAUGAACUAGUAAACCUCGUCUUAAAUUAGAUUUCUUGUAACUGUAUAAUGUGGUUUAUAAAGAUUGUGUAUGAAUUUGAUUUUCCGUGUAAAUACUGGUAUAAUCCGAAGUUAAAAAUGAGUUCAUAUCCUUCACAUAGGAUUGAUAAUAUCAGUCAGCAACCAUGUCUGAUGGUUCGACAAAGCAAUAUCAUUUGUCUACUCAUAAAUUACCAAAACUAGAUGCUGCUCAAUGGCAGACGAUAGUAGCGUUCUGCAGACAAGUGACUGUCUGAAAAAAUAUACAUCUGUACCUACGUAUCUUUGUCAUCAGGAGUUAUCACGAGUUAUCACCCUACACACCUUUUAACAGUUGUUAGUGAUUAGAAGUUAAGAUUUCAAUUCAUCGUUAUUCUGUGCCCUUUUAUAUUGAAGACUUUUACGUGAAUAUCUGAUUCCUGUAUAUCUGCAGUCAUAAAAUUAUUGGCGCAUCAGAGUACCUUUAUAUGUUAUUAUUGCUGAAGUUGGUGAAAAUUAUCAGACUAGUUAAUAUUAUUUCAAGUGAAGUGCCUGAUGUAUUGAACUUGAGUAUAAGUGAUACACAUGAUCAAGUAAAUUCAAUGGUCAUGUCAAAUACGUUUUUACUUCGUUGUUUAAGUGGGGUGUAAAUAUCAUGUAACAUUAUACGAAAGUUAUAAAGAAGAAAAGAAUAAAUUAAUAAAUAUAAUACUAAAUUAUUAAUGAGGUCAUAAGUUACUCUGUAUUUGAAUGAAUUCAUAAAAUGGGUUAUUAUUUAUUGUAAUGAAGUAGAAAUGAGACAAAAAAUAGUAACCAACGCGAAAGUAGCUGGUUACAUGGAUAUACUUGAGAAAUUUGAUUAUUCUUUUGGAACGAAAAUUUAAGCAUGAUCAAAAAUUAGUCUACACAGUACUUUGAAAUAAUUUGCAGAAUAAAGUUUUACCAAGUGAUUCCUAAACUGAGCAUGAUUUAAUUUAUUACUUCUUGAAAACCAAAAAAGUGAAGAGGGAAAUUGCAUCACUUUAUUAUAUACAUGAAUAAUCAGCAGCUGAUACCUAAUUAUUAAUUCACCAUUGGAAUAUAUUCAUAACUUAGUCACAGUAUGGAAAUUGAAUGUCGCUGAUAAACUUCAAUAAGUAAAAGGCUGUUGUUUGAUUACUUUUCAUCCAUGCAUAUGUAAAUAAAUCAGGUGAAUAGUGUCUGUGUAUGUAUAGUGUAUUUGCAAAUACAUGGAAGAAUAAAAGUGUCUUAUACUACAUACAUGUAUACCUAUACAUUUGUACAAGUAUUUUAAAUAAAAAGGGAUUAUUAUAAUAA